UGCACAUAUGAUGAUGCAAUAUAGCCAUGUAGUUUCUUUGUUUUUUUUCCUUCUACAUGCAGUGAAUUUCUUCGUACUUGUGGUUAUUUUUUCUUCCCGUUUUGAUUCUACAUUACCUUGCAUUUUAGAAUUUUCUUCAUUCCUUAUGAUGAUGCAAUAUAGGUAAUGGACACUAUCAAUGUUCAUGAUGUGGAUAUUGAUACACCCAAAAUGAAAGCUCCAAAUAGGUUUCAUUGGGAUCCUCAUACAUUCAAGAUAUUUCUUGAGGAAUGUAUGACUGAGCUAAAUAACGGGAAUAGGACAGGUACUUAUUUCAAACAAGCAGCGUGCCAAAAUAUAUGUAAGAGGCUUUUGGAACGAACGGGUAAAGAGUUGGAUAGAAAUCAAAUGAAAAACAAAUGGGACAUAAUACCGAAAGAGUUCAAAUAUUAUGACCGUUUAACAAGACUAGAAACGGGAAUUUCCACUGAUCCCACGAAAAAUAUAAUCUCAGCAUCAAAGGAAUGGUGGGAUGAUAAAAUAAAGGAAGAUAAAGAGUAUGCUAAGUUUAAGGAUAAGAAUUUGGAGGUGUAUCAGACAUAUUAUGAGGCUUUUUUUCGGGAUACUGUAGCUGUUGGAGACAAGGCUAAGGUACCUUGUGAAAUUGGCACCGGUAGCACUCCGGUUGAUGUACCGUAUGUGGAUAUUACGGAUGAAAAAAUGGAUACUGACGGAAUCAGCUUAUUUGAAGAUGUUGAUCCUUUUCUCACAUAUGAUAGUUCUAGUAUGAAAAGGAAGGGAAAGAAGUUAACUCCCAGGCGUGACAACAAAAGAAAAUUUGAAGGGAAUAAUGAAGGAAAAACGAAGGGAAAAGUAUGGCAAACUCGUCAUAUGAAGAGAAACUAGACACUAUUUUUGAUGUUUUGUUAACAAGGAGCACUCAACCCUCUAGACAAACCAUAGAGUCACCCACAACAAAAGAUUGCAUGGCAAUUGUCUCUACUUUCCCGGGUUUUGAAGAAGGGUCAAUAGGAUAUUUAGAAGCGUUAGAGGUCUUUUUAAAGAAACCAGCUCGUCAGAAUUUUAUGGUUCCAAAAACUAAUGAAACAAAGAUGGAGUUUC